AUGGUUUGCGCAAAUUUCAACAAUGCGAUUGUCCUGUUCGUUAUUUCUACACUCGCCUUUCUCUCUGUCGCUCAGAGCUUGUCUCCGAUUCCUUCACCGGAGUCUGUAGCAACCACUUUGCAUUUCUCGAGUGGAUCCACGGAUUCUCAGCCUACCAAACCAUCUAGAACACUAAUCACCAGUCUGGUCAUUAUUACAGGUGGAUUUGAGCCCACUGUCACCCUCACAAUUGUGGCUCCUGCACCAACCUCCACCGUCUCCUACACUUCGACUUCAAUUUCUACCUCUAUUUUGACUUCCACCUCGGCUCCUAACCCUGUCUCAAGCUUAAAUUCCACCACCGUCACUGCAGCUUCAUCUUCAGCUUCCGUCUCGAAUUCGGUUCCUAUUACUGGCUCUAGCUCAACUUCCACCCCAGCCACAGGUACACAGACUAAGAGUAAGGAUCUCACAGCCAUUAUGAGUGUUAGCAAUCCCAGCAACAACUCGAGUCCAACUCAGAGCUCGGGACUAAAAAGCAUGGAUUCAGGUUGCUUUUUGGUAGUGGUUACAAUUGCUUUGGGAUUGCUCGUCAUUCUCGAAUUCUUUAUUUAA